AUGCAGCGCAGAAAACAGCAGCCUGUCAGCAGUGAAAUCCCCACUCCCACCGAUACUAAUACUGUUAAUACUACUAGUACUAAUAGUAAUAGUAAUAUGGGGUGGUUAGAGGAUGUGAAUGAUGCUGAUUACGUGCCGCCCUCUCAACGCGGUGUGCUCUUCUUCUCAACUCUCCCACGCGACAUGCACCCACACGAAGUCUGUCUGCACUUCAACCGCUUUGGCCGCAUCACACGCCAGCGCUUCAUCCCUUUCCCUCCCACCUCCUCCUCCUCUGCGGGUUCCAAAUCGAAGAAAUCAAAGAAAUCCAGCAUCCCGCACUUCAUGCAUGCGUAUUUAGAGUUCGCCCGCAAAGAAGAUGCGGCCCGCGCAGCAGCGGCGAUGAACGGCACGCCGGUGGUCUGCAAACGCCGCCGCCGCUGCUACGGCCAACUGUGGACGGUGCAGUUCGCCGCUGAGAUCACGUGGGACACACUGCGCAGCGAGCGGGAGGCGGCGGUGCGGCAGCGGCGGGCGGCAGUCGUGGCGGCGCGGGGGGCCGAGCGGGCGAUGAAUGAGGCGUACAGGCGAGCCGUCGCAAUGGCCGCGAGUAGGAGAAGUAGCCACAGGAAGAAGAAUAUGAAUAGUAAUAAUAAUAAUAAGAAUAAUGAGGAAGAAGAGAAGGAGAUGAAGAAGGAGGUGGUGGUGGUGGAAGAUAAUAAUAGUAAUAGUAAUAGUAUUAAGAAGAGGAAGAGAGAAGCAAAAGGAGAAGGAGAAGGAGAAAGAGGAGGAGGAAAAGAAGCGACAGGGAAAAAAAAGAAACAACGAAAGGAAGAGAGGGAAUGA